GGGCAGGUCUGAAAGGUCUACUGAAAGGCCGUCCGAGCGAGCUGUCCCUUACUUCGAUGCCCGGAUUUUGCAAGGAGCGAGCCUGGAAGAAGGCUGGAAGAGGUGACAAUGAAAAGGUCUUGAUUCUGGAGUUGUCUAAACGCAAGGGGAGAAACGGAAACCAGGGCAACCUAAAUACCUGAAGGGGAGUGCCGAUGAACAGGCGAGAUCAGUGAAUUGGGCGGCCCAGGGUAUCUCUAAGGUUCCAAUGGAGGCUCAACUCUCAUCUCAUACAUGUACUGUGACCUUCUUUUUCUGGAACGGGCAGACGUACGACAACCGAGAGAACGAGGAGGCAAGUGCAACCUUGCACUUAUCCAGAAAGUCCAAUGACCAUAAGCGGCCCCCAAUACCCUCUGUCUCCGCUCCUCAGUUGGAGUCACUCAUCGUGCAGGAUCUAUUUCUUGGUGAGCAUCCCCUCCCCAGCUCCAAGUCCAAUAAGUUCAAAGCUCGGAGCAAUUGCUCGGAAAGAACCGAGCAAAAGUGUAAGAGAGAGAGGUGAUGGGAGAGGGGCAACUCAGAGCCAGUCUCGGAAGAAGCUCGGAACUAGAGCUGACGGCGACACAAGAACGUCCUGUUCCCGUGACGGUGGUGUUCGGGGUGGUGAUUCUGGUGGGUGUGGUAUCGAGCGGAUGGCUGACGCCGACACGGUUUCCGUUCAGGAACUUGAUCGAUUCGUCCAUGUCCUCAGAUCUCAAAGUCCAGCGCCUGGCAGAAUUGCCAAGUUUCUUCUCUGCUUACUUCUGCGACAUUGUCAAGGAAAAAAGUAAUAUGAGGUAUCGAAGCUCCUAGAUGUGGACUUUAAGGGAGCAAGUGAGCGGCGCAAGAACGUACCUACCUCUAGGUUCCAGCCGGUGAUGAACUCCGGAGACGGAGAGGUUGACCGCGUUUGAAGACAUGGAGUAGUUCAAUGACGCACUUGAAGACAUUGUAGUUCCUGCGCCAAGAUCUUGGGACGGCGAGAGACACGAAUGGAGCCUCAGUCAUACUACAGGUACCUACCUACUGUAGGAACACUGGACUCCUGCGGCGUCAAUCUAUCGCCUCCAGACUUUCCAGUCCUCAGACGUUGGGCUCUACGUAUUUUCCCCAACUUUUUAUAUACUCCGAGAUCCCAACGGUCUAGGCCACGUUUCCAUCAGAUAGAGAGCGAACCACACCUCGCAACCAUGCCAGUAUCAAG